AGUAUUAGACAAACCAGCAUGACGAUGUGUACUGUGUUGUUUACUGCGCUUUUACUGGCCCUGGCGGCUUUUGCAGCCGGAGAAAAGCUUGUUGUCUGCAAUUAUGAGGCUAAAUCUCAUCUAAGAGAAGGUCAAGGAAAAUUUGAAAUCUCUAACUUAGACCCUGCUCUUCAAUACUGCACCCAUCUACUCUAUGGCUAUGCUGCCAUUGACGAGAACACUCUGAAACUAGUACCACUUAAUGAACAAUUCGACGUUAUCAAGGACAACUACAGACACGUCACCGAUCUCAAGAGAAGAUUCCCCAAGUUGAAGGUACUGCUUUCUGUUGGAGGAAACGAAGAUGUAGUUGGAGAGGGAGACGAGAAAAACGAGAAAUACAGGAAAAUCGUGGAAACUUCAACUCAUAGAUUGGCGUUCGCCAACUCGGCACAUACAAUACUCAAAGGUUAUGGGUUUGAUGGAUUAGAUUUAGCAUGGGAAUUCCCAGAAACUAAACCGAAGAAAAUCAAGAGUGGAUUGAAGAAGUUCUGGAGCUCAGUGAAACACACAUUCACUGGAGACCAUGUAGUUGAUGAAAACGCACAACAGCAUAGAGAACAAUUCACAGCGCUCGUGAAAGAAUUGAAAUCUGUUUUGAGACCAGACAAUUUGCUACUUUCUCUUACUGUGUUACCAAACAUCAACAGUACAGUUUACUAUGAUCCUAGAUCUUUGGCCCCUCAUUUGGAUUUCAUUGCACUACAUGCUUUUGAUUUUUACACACCCCAACGUAAUAACGAACUUGCUGACUUCCCAUCACCCUUGUACGAGCUGAUUGACAGAAGAGGAGAUGAAAAUAUCGACGCAUGGGUCAAAUACUGGCUGAGCAACGGUGCUCCCGCCAACAAACUGGUCCUGGGCAUCCCGACCUACGGACGUACGUGGCACCUAGCAGGCGAAUCCAAAGUCGACGAGUUCCCCAUCACCGAUCUAAGCGGACCCGGAGAAGCUGGCCCGAUGACCAAAGAGGCCGGUUUGCUGAGCUACCCCGAGAUAUGCACCAAAGUGACCGGCCCACAGGGCAAUAGGCCCAUUGAUGGGCAAUUCAAGAAGGUUCCAGAUGCGACCAAAAGGAGAGGUGUUUACGCUUAUCGACUCCCUGACAAAGACGAAAAAGGAGGACUGUGGGUGGGCUAUGAAGACACUGAGACUGCAGCUAACAAAGCUCAGUACGUCAAAAAUAAAGGACUUGGUGGUAUUGCCAUUGACGAUUUGACACUGGACGAUUUCCGUGGAAUUUGUGGACACAACAAGUUCGCCAUCUUGCGUGCAGCUGUAUCAGCUCUUUGAGAUAUUUUUCUUACUUUCUUUGUAUUUACGAUGUGAAGAGAAUAUGUUAAUUUCAUCUACUUUGUGUAGCUUGGAAAUAUACAACUUGGAAAAUUACUUUGUUUCCAAAGUUUGUAGACUAUACUAUAGCAUUUUCUGAUGUAAAAGAGUAUGACACAUAUCAAAGGUACUAUUUUGGAUGAAUAUUUAAUGGCGAGGACUACCCAUUUGGGUUAAAAAAAAUUAUGGUAUAACUUAAAACAAAUACGUUAUUAUUGGACUUCCUAAUAUUGUAUAAAAAAAACAUACCUAUAAGGUAAUAAUCAUAUAGAAAGGAAAAUGAACACAGAUGAUCAAUUACCAGAAAAUUAUAUUUUAUGUCUUUGUAAACAAUUUUUAGAUUAAAAUUGGAAAAUAGCACU